AUGGGGGUCGUAAAAUUUGACGACACCCCUAGUACAGAGAACCCGUUGCCAAAUCAUAGUGAUCAAGGGGUAAAUGCAGUUGGGGAUACGGAUAUGAGAAGGAUUAAAGAGGGCGUGUCUGAGGUGAGAACGCUGAUGAAAAUGAUUUGGGAAGAAAUAGUGAAAAGAGAGAUGAUAAUCUCUAAAGAGAUGAAUAAAGGAGUAAGAGACUACUGUGAGUUCCAUGCUAAAGAGGGGCACGAGAUCCAGGAAUGCGACGAGUUUAAGACCUUGGUACAAAGCCUUAUGGACAACAAAGAGCUAGAAUUUUAUGAAGCUAGCUCAAAUGAGGGACAUAUAUGCACAUUAGAAGGUGCACCGAAGAAUCAAAACCGGCCGAGGAUUAUUAUUUCUUUACCAGGAAGUAAUGAAGUUGAAACACCAAUGGAGGAUAUAGCUAGUGCUUCUAAGGAAGCUCAAGGUGAGGGUUCUCACGCACGUAGUGGGAAGCGCUACGAUGCAGAAGGCAUUGGAGUUGAGCCUGCAAAAGCAAAAGCUUUAGACAAAGGAAAAAGGACCGAGACACUGGUUAAUGAGCCAGUGAAGGAAGAAGAAGCCAGAAAAUUUUUAAAAUUCUUAAAACACAGUGAGUACAGCGUGGUUGAACAAUUGCACAAACAACCAGCUCGUAUAUCAGUGUUGGCUUUGCUUCUAAGUUCAGAGGUACAUCGAGAAGCAUUAAUGAAGGUGCUCAAUGAGACUUAUGUUACUAAUGAUAUAUCCGUCAACAAGUUGGAUCGAUUGGUUAGUAACAUAAGUGCUGACAAUUUCAUCUAUUUCAAUGAUGAUGAAAUCCCACUUGGUUGCAUGGGAUCAGCUAAAGCUUUACACAUCACCACUCGUUGUAAGGGGUAUACCCUGCCAAUGAGAGCAUUUGAUGGCACGGAAAGGAAGGUCAUGGGAAGAAUCGACAUUCCUUUGAUGAUUGGGCCAAACACGUAUGAGGUGGACUUUUUAGUGAUGGACAUCAAGCCCUCUUACAAUUGCCUAUUGGGGAGGCCUUGGAUACAUUCAGCAGGAGCGAUGCCCUCAUCUCUACACCAAAAAUUGAAGUUAGUAGCUGAUGGACGGUUGGUCACUAUAAAUGCGAAGGAGGAUAUUAUAGCGACAGUUACCAGUAGUGCACCUUAUGUAGAAGCAAAUGAGGAGGCAAUUGAAUGCUCUUUCCGUUCAUUAGAAUUCGUCAAUGCAACAUUCAUUUCAGAAGGGAAUGAGGUGUCGGUGCCCAAGAUAUCUAGAACUACAAGGACGGGUUUGCAAAUGACAAUAGGAAGAGGAGCCUUACCAAGAAAAGGAUUGGGAAGAUAUCUUUAA